GGUUGUGCACAUAUCUAGCGCGAUUCUACGUACUGUCGGUCGCUUGAACGUGAGUGUGUGUUUGUGUGUAUCACAGGGUGUUUGCCAGGAAAAAUUACACAACUUUUUUUUCCCCCCUCAAAACAUUUGAAAUAUGAAAUGUGCAAUUUUUAUUUCGACCAAACUCCCGACUCUUAAAUGCAAAUUUUCGGAGCGAGCUAAGCAGUUUAUAGUGAAUUAUAAUAAUAAAAUAUAUGAUUUUAAUGAUGAUGAUGUGUUUACAUGACAAUCGAAUAAUGCACAUACAUCUAUACAUAAGUGAUUAACUAGCAAAAAUCUAUCGAGUUAUUGACUGCCGAUAAAAAUAUUAAUUAAAAAAGGCAAAAGAAAUUUAAUAAAAAGAGUGCAUAGCAUUGUGUAUGUGUAGAAUUUAAGUGUAACUGAAAAAGGAAAUUUAAAUAAAUUUGUUGGCAACACCUUAACAAAAAUGCAAAUAUCAACUUUGGGAACGCAGGAAGUUGUUUAUUUCGACGCGGUGAAUUUCCGCGCAGAGGUGCCCCUGUACGCGCACUUACGGCUAAAUAUAUUUCUAGAUUUGUAAAGAAAAGAAGUUUUAAAGAUUCGCAACAAAGAUAAAGCGUCGUAAUUUUGGUUUAAGAAAAUUGCAAGCAGUAGAUAAUAUUCGUUGCGUGUGAAAGAAUAAAACAAGCGAACGAGCGAGUGUAGUAGACCGCGUUGCCAACUAAAGUCAAACUGUGAACACAAAAUAAAUGCAGCAAAAUGUUUGUUAUAUUUAUGUAUAAUUAAACAGAUUAGAAAGAAAUCUCAUUAAAGCAUAAUAGUGUAAAAUAAUUACAAAGAAAUAAUAAACAAAAAACAACAAAAGCAACAGCUGCAUAUAGUGAGUAAAAAAAAAAAACACACACACACACUGAACAACGAACAAACGCACGUAUGAAAACAUGCCGACAUUGGCGGCAAAAAAUUCACAAGCCAACACAGCAAUACCAGCAUACCCAACAAUAACAACAACAGCCGGAGCAACUGCCGUAGCAGCAGCUACCAUGAAUUCCGUUGGCAGUGAUGGCACUGAUGUUGGUAGUGGCGCAACAAUAGCAACGACAAUAGAUACAACAAACACCAGUGGCGGCACGUUGAACCAUCAUUAUCACCAUCCGCCGGCGCCACAUACAGCCGGCGCAAAUGCCUUAGGCCAUAAUAGCGUCUUGGCAACACCUGCAACAACGUUCAGUAGUAGUGCCGUAACGUCAGCCACCGGCACCGUUGCAGCCAGUUUAGCCACAUUUAACGGAAAUUCAAAUUUAAAUGUUGCCAACGGAAACAUUGGCGGCAGUGGCAAUCACAGCAGCAGCAGCAGCAGUAGCAAUCACAGCUAUAGCCAUAAUAAUAUUGUUGUUAUCGCUGGUGGCAAAAAGUCAAUGACAACGCAGCAUGCUGCGCAAUCUCGUGAGGAUGUUGCAACACCAACACAAUUAGUACAACAACAAACAUCACAACCACCACCGCUACCGCCGUUAACACAAACGGGCGCUGGCAUACCAACAGCAGCGUUGUCGUCAAUCAACAAUCAGCAGUUGUCAGCAACCAACAGUCAGGGCAAUCACAAUCAUCACAACAGCAACAGCAACAACAACAACAACAACAAUGGUAGUAGUAGUGGCAGCAGCAAUGGUAAUAUUGGUGGCAGCAACCACAUGCCGCAUAGCAAUGGCAAUGGUAACGGUAACGGCAAUGGCCAUGCUAAUAUCAACAGCAUCCUCAAAGGAAGUAAAGAAAAUUUACUACAGAACUGUUAUAACGGUACUUUAACAAGCGAUAAUAUCAGUUCGGACAUUGUUGAUGAUCCUGGCGACGGUUUGGGACCACUACCGCCCAAAUGGGAGACGGCCUACACCGAACGUGGUGAAUUAUAUUUCAUCGAUCACAACACCGGCACCUCCCACUGGCUCGAUCCACGCCUUUCGAAAUUCCAAAAGAAAUCACUUGAGGACUGUGGCGACGAUGAGCUCCCCUAUGGCUGGGAGAAAAUUGAAGAUUCCCUCUAUGGCACCUACUACAUAGAUCACGUGAAUCGCCGCACACAGUACGAGAAUCCCGUACUGGAGGCCAAACGUCGGGCAGCGGAACAAAGACAAAAGCAGCAACAACAACCGCCACCACCGGCACAUCCCAAUGCAGCACAGAAUAUGUCAGGUGCUGUUGGUGAUUACUUACAACAACAACUGCAGCAGCUCCAACAUCAUCAAACACUACCACCACCACCACCGCCGGCAGCAUCCACGUCAUCAAACGAACACCAACAGACCCAACAACGUCCACCAUCAACACCGCUGACCACGCAGUUGGUGAAUGGUGGUAGCAUCGGCAGCGGUAGUGUUGGUGCUGACGAAGGCGAUCGCGUUGCAGUAAGCGGCCUUGGCAGCAAUAAUAUGGUGGAUGUAUCACAACGCGCUAUGCAGCCGCCACCAGUCAACACGGCUCCACCAACCGCGCACUUGCCAUACAAAUUCACACGCAAUCCCGCCGAGAUGCAAGGUGAACGCAUAACCGCGUCGCUAGUUAAGUCAGCACGCGGUCUGGGCAUCACCAUUGUCGGUGGCGAUGAUGGCGCAGAGGAGUAUUUGCAAAUCAAAUCGAUUGUACCGCACGGCCCGGCGUGGUUGGAUGGUCAACUGCAGACGGGCGAUGUGCUGGUGUAUGUGAACGAUACUUGCGUACUCGGCUUCACGCAUCACGAAAUGGUCAACAUCUUCCAGUCAAUCUUGCCUGGCGAGACCGCCACAUUGGAGGUAUGCCGCGGCUAUGCCCUACCAUUUGAUCCGAAUGAUCCCAACACCGAGGUGGUCACCACAAUAGCAGUAGACGGCGUAAGUGUUGCGGCCACGGACAAGCAACGGCGCAUGCUGCUCGAUCUGCACAUGGAUGGUAACUACAAUUUUCUCGAUAUUAGCGGCGGCGGUGGCGGCGACAGCGCAUCGAAAGCACAUACACACAAUCAUAUGCGGGCUCAGCAAUCACCAGCUACGGGCGGCCUGAAUGACGGUUUCAUAUUGAUGAAGAAACCAGAAUUGCAAGUACUCACCUUUACUAUAGUUAAGGGCGCGAUGGGCUUCGGGUUUACGAUUGCGGACUCUGCUUAUGGUCAGAAGGUGAAGAAGAUAUUGGAUUAUAAUUGUUGUACACAGUUGCAGGAGGGUGACGUACUACUGGAGAUUAACGGUAUUGAUGUGCGUCAACAGAGUCACCUUGAGGUGGUGCAGAUACUAAAGGAUUGCUCAAAAACCGAACCGACGCAUGUCAAAAUACAACGUGGCGCCGCGUCAACGAACAGCGCCAGUGCAUCGCCUUCUGGUGGCAUUUAUAGCAGCAUCACCGCACCGAAUAAUCCACCGCCAGUAACGAGCAACGCAAGCAGUAGCGGUUUGGGGAAUGUCGCAAAAUUGCGCAAGAACUUCACGUCGGCGCUCUUUCGCAGUAAGACUCCCACCGCCGACCUCUAUAGUACGCAACAGAAAGAGAUUCUGCCCAUACGACCAAAAACACCAUUGGUUGAUACGCGACGCACGCGUGCGCAAACGCCAAAUGAGGAACUACAGCAACACGGUAACAAUAUGAACGCCGGCGCGGGCUCUUUAACAAACGACGAAGGCCGAUUGUCAGCAAGUAAACAUCAGUUGGACGCCACUGCGCACAAAUCCACAAAUAGUCUGCAGGAGAUUGAAGCCCUUAGUCAGGAGAUACCUUACUUGGAUCCGUAUCCGAAAUUAGUCACCAGUUUGAGCGAGCGUUUGGCUGGCGCAACAUUGCACAACGACGUCGGCGGCAAUGGCGGUGGCAACGCCGUCGGCAUGCAUAUGGCAACAAGUUACCACCACCCGGUUGGUCUUUCCAUACCCUCUAGUGUUGUGGACACAAUGCGUUAUGAUCACCAAGAAUACGCAACGGCUGGUAUACGCGGCGUUGGUGUUGGUGGUGGUGGUGGUGGUGGUGCCAUUGGCAAUGGUAUUUAUGGCAUAUCGCCACUACCCAACACUAUAGGCAAUUUCUAUGCACCCCAACAAUUGCCGACACCACCGCAUCUGAGCAUUUCCGGUGCUAGCUAUGCGCCGCCCACCACGCCGCUUAGUCUGAGCACAACAACCGCUGCACAACACAAUAUCAUGCAUCAUCAUCCAAUGCAAUUGGCGCCACCACCACACCCGCACCCACAUCCCCAUCCGCACGUCUCACAGUACUCACCGGCCUCUUCAUUGCACGGUCCAACGCCACUACAAGCGGCGCACAUACAAAACGAACGCAUGCAAAAACGUGUCAACGAGCUGUUGAGUGAUCGUCGGCGUGUCGGCUUCACCACAUUGGAUAUGCCGCCGACGCAAAAACAAUCACCCGUUUCGUAUGCGCAACAGACGUCGUCUUCGCAACAGAUACAGCAUUCGCCAGCUGUUAGCAGUGUAUCACAACAGGCGCCGCUGUCUUGGCUUGGCGCAGGCGGCUACAAUAAUACCCUGCAGUCGUCACCUGGCGGCAAUUUACCAUUCGUGCAACGUAAUGGCGACUUGCUGGACGAAUUGACGACCGAGCAAUAUGAGUUGAGUGAGGUUACUUUGGAGCGUCAGGCUUUGGGCUUUGGAUUUCGCAUUGUUGGCGGCACCGAAGAGGGUUCACAAGUGACCGUGGGUCAUAUUGUGCCCGGUGGUGCUGCAGAUAAUGAUCAGCGCAUUAAUACCGGCGAUGAGAUAUUGAGUAUAGACGGCAUUAAUGUGGUUAACUCGUCACACCACAAAGUCGUUUCGCUCAUGGGUGAAGCGGCACUGCGUGGCCAAGUGACCAUGAUCUUGCGUCGUCGCCUGCGUUUAGCACCGCAACAACAACAUCAACAUCACCGAUUGUCAUUACCAACAACACCACCACCACCACCAGCGGCGUCAAUAAUAAAUUCAGCACUGCGCAAUACAUACCGCUAUCCCUACGAUGUCAUAGUGAGCCGACACGAAUCGGAAGGUUUCGGUUUUGUCAUCAUAUCCUCCUCAAAUCAAUUCUACGGCUCUACCAUAGGCAAACUAAUACCCGGCAGUCCGGCCGAUCGUUGUGGUGAGUUGAAAGUGGGCGAUCGCAUUAUAGCGGUGAAUCGUAUAGAUAUAGCCGGCAUGUCACAUGGUGAUGUAGUCAAUCUUAUCAAAGAAUCCGGUCUACAUGUCCGCUUGACAAUCGGCUGUCCGAAGGAUGCUGCUUUGACGACACCGCCACCUCCUUCUAAUACAGCAUUGCAUGUGAAUUCGGCGCAAGUAUCGCCGGGACAAUUGUCACAGAGUCACUUAAUAUAUGCGCCGCUAACAACAAUACAACAACCGUUGCAGCAGCAACAACAUAAAGCACAAGUUUCGCCGAAUUUAUUGAAUAGCGCUGACGCUGGUGGGAGCUACUUUAUGGAGCAACCCCGUACAAGUGUGGCGCCAACAUCAUUUGUUCAGCAGCAGCAUACACAAGCACACUUGCAGCAGCAACAACAACAACAACAAUAUCAGCAUGAACAUCAGCAGCAGCAGCAACAACAACAACAACAGCUGCCACAACAAUUAUGACUUUGAGACUUACGUAUAAGGCUCUAUAAAAGUUUUCUGUAGCGCAACAAAUUUUAUCGCUUUGUAUAAACAAAAUACAUACAUACAUACAUACAUACAUACAUAUAUGAAUAAUGUUAUUUUAUAGCUGAAUCAGCACUUUUACACACAUAAAUUAAUGAUAACGGUGUUUUUAUACAAAUAAUUUAAUAUUUAUAUAGUAUAUAGUAUAGGUUUAUUUAUAUUUAUAAUGUAUACAUAUCUACUGCGCGCAUAUAAACAUACACAUACAUACAUGCAUACAUUUCAUAUAUCACCCAUGGAAUGCAGAAACUCCUAGCAAUUUUUGUGAUUUUUAGGUUAUUUUCCUUAAAAUUAUUUUUAUUUUUUGAAUAUU